AUGCAGCGGCGGCGGGCCCACACGUGGGCGGGGGUGGGGAAGACGGCGCAGGCGGCGGCGGCGCACGCCGCGCUCUUCUGCUUCACUCUCUUCCUCGCGCUCAGGGUCGACGGCCGCACCACGUACUCCUGGUGGAUAAUAUUCGUUCCACUAUGGCUCUUUCAUGGAAUCGUUGCGCGUGGAAGGUUUUCAAUGCCUGCCCCUUCGUUGCCUCAUGGCCGUCAUUGGGCACCCUGUCAUUCGAUUGUUGCCGCGCCUUUACUAAUUGCGUUCGAGCUGCUUCUUUGCAUAUAUCUUGAAAGCAUAAGAGUUAGAAAUCAUCCAUCUGUUGAUCUGAAGAUUGUGUUCCUUCCUCUGUUGGCCUUUGAAGCAAUUAUCCUUACUGACAAUUUUAGAAUGUGUAGAGCUUUAAUGCCUGGAGAUGAAGAAAGCAUGAGUGAUGAAGCUAUUUGGGAGACACUUCCUCAUUUUUGGGUUGCAAUUUCAAUGGUGUUUCUUAUAGCUGCUACAACAUUCACCCUUCUCAAGCUGUCUGGUGAUGUUGGUGCUUUGGGAUGGUGGGAUUUGUUUAUAAAUUAUGGGAUUGCGGAAUGCUUUGCAUUUCUUGUCUGUACAAGAUGGUUUAAUCCCAUGAUUCAUAAGUCUCCCACUCAUGGGGAGGCUAGCUCAUCAUCGGCGGCAAUUAGAUUCCGUGAUUGGGAAAGUGGUCUUGUCCUCCCAUCACUAGAAGAUCAUGAACAAGAGAGGCUUUGUGGUCUCCCUGAUAUUGGGGGUCAUGUAAUGAAAAUACCUCUUGUGGCUUUCCAAGUAUUGCUUUGUAUGCGGUUGGAGGGCACACCAGCAAGCGCUCGCCACAUCCCAAUAUUUGCUCUUUUCUCGCCACUAUUUAUUCUGCAAGGUGCUGGUGUCCUUUUCUCUCUAGCAAGAUUAGUGGAGAAGGUGGUUCUGCUAUUGCGUAAUGGACCAGUUAGUCCUAAUUACCUUACAGCCUCAUCAAAUGUUCGUGAUUGCUUUGCUUUUCUUCAUCAUGGUUCAAGGCUUCUUGGUUGGUGGUCUAUUGAUGAAGGGAGCAAGGAAGAACAGGCCCGGUUGUUUUAUACUGAAUCUACUGGGUACAAUACAUUUUGUGGCUAUCCACCAGAGGUGGUUAGGAAAAUGCCUAAAAAGGACCUUGCAGAAGAGGUUUGGAGGCUACAGGCAGCGUUGGGAGAACAAUCUGAAAUUACGAAUUGUACCAAACAGGAAUACGAAAGGCUUCAAAAUGAGAAGGUUCUUUGUAGGAUUUGCUACGAGGGAGAGAUAUGCAUGGUGCUGCUUCCCUGCCGGCACAGAACUUUAUGCAAUCUCGAUCACAACUUUAAGCUGAUUGAGGUUUGCACUUCAGAAAAGGUCUACAAUGUAUGGGGGAAAUACAAGUAUAUCAUGUCGAACCAAAAGCAUGGAAAGGUGGCUGAUGAGCAUUUUGUCAUUUCGGUCCAGUUAUCUACUUCCUUGUUUGAGAAGAAAGUGGAACAAAAAAUACAGUGUAGACCUCUGUUGUGUCAUCUUGUAGAAAAAUGUCUGCCGAAAUUUGUGACCGCAAUGCAUCGUCAGCGGCCAGGUGGCUUUUCGCAAUGUGAAGGGUCGUCUAAGCAAAAGCAUCUAAGGGUUGUGGAAGCUUAUCUGGACAAGAAAGGUUGCGUCUGGUCUAUGCCAAGGAAUCAUUGGUGA